GCAGCUCCUCGGAGUGGCUUCAGUGAAGCAGCGCUGCAGGAGGUGGCAGCAGGUUUUAGCUUUAGUCUAGUCGGUAGGAAGCCUGAGCUGUCAGGUCGGUUCGAGCCCGCACAGAGAGCCAUAAAGGAUCCGAGACAUGGAGGAGACGGGCGGUGUUAGUGCAUACGGGGCUGCGCUCGCAGGAGGAGGCUUCAACUUUUUCAACUUCGUCCGACAACCGCAGACCAUCGUGAGGCUGCUCAGCUGGGUAUUUGCUGUUGUGGUGUUUGCAUGUAUUACAACAGAGGGAUACAUCAACCCUAUCCACAGUGCUGAAGCUAGAUGCAUCUUCAACCAGAAUGACUCUGCGUGUCAAUACGCUGUGGGCAUCGGGGUGAUUGCCUUCUUGGCAUGUGUGUCCUUCCUGGUGUUGGAUGUUUACUUGCCUUUCAUGAGCAACGCGCAGGAAAGAAAGUAUGCUGUCAUGGCUGACCUGGGAUUCUCAGGGGCCUGGACCUUCCUGUGGUUCGUGUGUUUCUGCCUGUUGGCAAGUCAGUGGAGUCGCACUCAUGAUGUCCAUGGUAUCCCUGAAGACGCUGCACGAGCCUCCAUCGCCUUCUCAUUCUUCUCUAUCGCCACCUGGGGAAUCCUCACCUACUUUGCCUUUGGUCGUUUCCGCCAUGGUGUAAAUGACGCCCACGUCCCAACCUACACGGAGCCGCCACCGGAUCACCACAGCCCCUACCCUCCGACCUACGCCCCCAUGUCCUACAACCCCACCACCUACACCCCCACCACCUACACAGCCUAUCCCAGCGUCAUUCCCGACCUGAGCCAGCAGCCCGCCUUCACACCGAACAUCCAGCCGCAGGUUGACUCUGGCUACCAGCCGCCAAAGUACUGAGACAAAGGGAGGCCACGUGGAUGGGGUGGUGUUCCGGGUCAUCUUUCCGUACUCUGACUGCAGCUGCACUGCCCUGACAUGCAGCUAUAUCAUAUUGAUGUGGUUUUACAUUUGAUUUAACACACUUUUCCAGCAUUUGAGAAACCAGAGCAGUGCGGCUUCAGGUUAGAGAUGAGGGACACCACUGUUUACGUCAACGGGUCUGAGAUCAGAUCUUGAAACAUCAGGUUGACUGUUGAGAUUAGAGCUGGUGGUUGAGCAAUCUGACUUUAGACGUGCGUGCAAAGACGCAACUUUUACCUCAAUAGGGCUGAUCCUGCAGGGGGAGGGGUAGAAUGUAUUGCACAAUGUGACUUUGUGAAGAAUACGACAACACCAAUCAGAGAACACACAACGCGUUUCUCUUGGCUCUGGUGGAACCUAAGGAUAUACAUUUGUACAUAUAUUUCACUAUGCAAAAGUGCCAUUUCAACAGUGUCUGAUCUUUUCUUAUUUGGUUGAGUGGAUUCUUCCUUUUCAGUUUGUUAAUCCUGAGGACGCAUUAACUGUUUAGGAUGUGUUAAAUUAAUUUAGCAAAUGGGAAAUGACUGUAGUGGGAAAAUGUAAAGCCAAAUGUCCCUCUGAACGAGUCAUAGUUUGCGAAGCGUAGAAUUUGUUCACUGUACAACCAGAAAAUCCCCUUUGGAAGGAUUUUGUGUGAAAAAAUCUUUGAGCUACUUGUGUCUGUCAUCUUAAUUAUCUACAGCCAUAAAAAAAAUGCAUUUUCUUAAGUCUCACCAUGUCAAUGUAAUGUUGUGCUUGUAAAAAAGCAGGUUACAUGUGCCUAACUGAAGAGGUGUUCAUUGUACAUUCACCGUCACCUUUACCCUUUAAACUCGCAGAUAGCUGCAGUUAUUAAACAGGCUUGUCCGCUGAGCGUGUCCUCGCACGCACAAGUAACUUAUUAACUGCCGGCAACAAUGCUGCUUCUUCAGUGAGCUGAGCAAAGCAGCCUCUCACUUCCUCUGAGGACGUUAAGCUUUCUCAACACUGAUGUUUAUCUCAGGCUUCUCAGUCUAAACUGUCGAAGGCAGAAUACAGCACACGUGUCGGUACAGAUCGCACGUUAACGCCUUGGUCUGUAAUUGUGAGAAUCCAACAGCUGUCCUCAGAAAGAUGGCUGGUUUACAUUGUUGCUUUGUGCCCGACAGUAACAUGUUUGUCAGUUUAACACCUCAUCUGAACCCAGUUCUGGCUACAGUCGGUCAGAUGACAGUGAAAAGUUGGCCUGACAUUAGUUUUGGCUCAUUGUUCCAAGGUUGCUGCAGGGGUGUAAGCUGAGUUUGUGGUUAUAUUUGUCGGACAUAGUGUUGUGUUAGCAAGCAGAGUCGUUGAUAAUGUUUGUUCUUAAAAAUGUGCCUAAAUUAAUGAAGCCAAAUACAUUAAAAACAC